AUGGGAAUGGACGAUCUGGCCCAGUUGCCCUUCCUGACCAUGUGCAUCAAGGAGAGUCUGCGGUUGCACACACCCCCCCCCCCCGUCACAGUCAUCUCCCGCCAUUGUACCCAGGACGUUGUGCUUCCAGAUGGCCAGGUCAUCUCUGAAAUCCUGACUGGCCCCUCCUCUCCCACAAGUGUUAUCUGCCACAUCAGUAUUUUUGGGACCCAUCACAACCCAUCAGUGUGGCCAGACCCUGAGGUCUAUGACCCCUUCUGCUUUGACCCAGAAAACAUCAAAGUGAGGUCACCUCUGGCUUUUAUUCCCUUCUCUGCGGGGCCCAGGAACCGCAUUGGGCAGACGUUCGCCAUGACUGAGAUGAAGGUGGUCCUGGUGCUCACGCUGCUGCCUGUCUUGCCUGAUGAGGAGGAGCCACGCAAGAAGCCAGAGCUGAUCCUGUGCACAGAGGGCGGACUUUGGCUGCGGGUGGAGCCACUGAGCGCAGGCCAGCAAUGA